AGCCUCCAUUGUUUGGGUCCUAGAAGCUCUGGAAAGUUGAGUUAAAGAAGUUAGCCCGAGACUGCAAAAAACAUAACCACAUCAUUUAAUUAAAUAAGUUUAGAAAACGUUAGUGUUAUCUGUGUACUCUUUGGAUUAAUUAAUGUGAGCUGCUUACAGAAAAAGCUACCAUGACUGUGGUAAUUGGUUUUGAGGGCAGCGCCAAUAAGAUUGGUAUUGGAAUUAUCAGGGAUGGUGAAGUACUUUCCAAUCCUAGACGAACCUACAUUACCCCUCCUGGUCAAGGGUUUCUGCCAAGCGACACAGCCAGACACCAUCGUGCUGUCAUCCUGACUGUCCUGAAGGAGGCACUAGAGCAAGCAGGUCUGACCCCUGCAGACAUAGACUGUGUGGCAUACACCAAAGGUCCCGGUAUGGGCGCCCCCCUGGUCGUGGUGGCUAUUGUGGCUCGUACUGUGGCUCAGCUUUGGGGGAAGCCGCUCCUCGGUGUCAAUCACUGCAUUGGACACAUCGAGAUGGGACGUCUCAUCACCAAAGCCAAAAACCCCACAGUACUUUAUGUCAGUGGGGGGAACACGCAGGUAAUUGCAUACUCAGAACGACGGUACAGGAUAUUCGGGGAGACCAUCGAUAUCGCAGUAGGCAACUGCUUGGAUAGGUUUGCCAGAGUUAUUAAGAUUUCCAACGACCCCAGUCCGGGCUACAACAUAGAACAGAUGGCCAAAAAGGGUUCUCAGUAUGUGGAGCUGCCGUACACAGUCAAAGGAAUGGACGUCUCAUUUUCUGGCAUUUUAUCAUACAUUGAAGAAGCGGCUCAUAAGAUGUUAAGUUCUGGUCAGUGCACAGCAGAGGAUUUGUGCUUCUCCCUGCAGGAGACGGUGUUUUCCAUGCUGGUGGAGAUCACGGAGCGAGCCAUGGCUCACUGCAGCUCUAACGAGGUGCUCAUCGUUGGCGGCGUUGGCUGUAACCUGCGGCUGCAGGAGAUGAUGGAGGUGAUGUGUCAGGAAAGAGGAGCAAAGCUGUUUACUACAGAUGAACGAUUCUGUAUCGACAACGGAGCAAUGAUUGCUCAAGCUGGCUGGGAGAUGUUCAGGUCUGGUCAAGUGACUGAGCUGGAAGAUUCGUGGAUUACCCAAAGGUACAGGACAGAUGAGGUGGAGGUGACGUGGAGAGAUUGAGCGAGCCGUGAUGUCGAGUGCUGCAGCAGCGCUGAGUCUGCUCGCCGGAUGAGUGCGGCCAGUGGAAGUGUUCCGUACCGGAGCUUCGGCUCAUGUGCCGAACACCGCCGAAUCUCUGUGUCGACACUUCAAAAGGGCAACGAGGAUAUUCUUAAUUUGAUCAGAUGAUUUUUAUUUACCAGAAUUGUGACUUUUACUCUAAAAAAAAUGUAUGUAGUUGUAAUAUUUACUAGGAUUUCCUUCCUUUGCUUUAUCUUAAAUUAUGUCUCAAAAUAUUGUUUAUGUAUAUUUUUUGUCGAGUGGUGUACUUUUAAUUACUGAUUUAUCCUUAUAUGUCUAUGACUAUUCUUAAAGUUUGAUCAGAUGAUUU